GUAUCCCAGCCCAGAGCCAACAGUUUCCUCCGGGCAUUCACCGAGCUAGCAAUCCAAGUCCAAGUGCUAAACAAAUCUACUCUCUCAGUAUGAAGAACGCCGUCGCCAUCCUGCUGUGCGCCCUCCUCGGCCUGGCCUCCGCUGCCGAGUACAAGAUUCGCUCCGUCGAAGACCUGCAGACCGCUCGCAAGGAGUGUGGAGCCUCCAGCAAGGUGACCGAAGCUCUGAUCGCCAAGUACAGGACCUUCGAGUAUCCGGACGAUGAGAUCACCCGCAGCUACAUCCACUGCAUCUUCCUCAAGUUCGAGCUCUUCGACGACGCCAAGGGAUUCAACAUCGACAACCUGGUGGCCCAGCUGGGCCAGGCCGCCGAGGACAAGGCCGCCGUGAAGGCCGACAUCGAAAAGUGCGCGGACAAGAACGAGCAGAAGACAGCUGCCGACGCCUGGGCCUUCCGCGGUUUCAAGUGCAUCCUCGGCAAGAACCUGCCCCUCGUCCAGUCGGCCAUCCAGAAGCCGAACUAGGCGCUGUCCGGCCUCCCAGUUCCGGUUGAAUCAAUUCUAGAACCGCAAGAACAUGUCGCCACCGGGCAGUGCGGAAUAUUCUUUUAGAGAAAACACCGCUAUGGCUCUGCAUUCCUAAAAUUGAAAAUAAAACCAUAUAAUAGUGCUUGAA